AUUACCGUCACUAGUGCAUCACCAGCAACAAAAACAGCUGGUCUUACAUUACGCAAAGAUUUUUUCCAGUUUUGUUUAUUAAAAAUGUCUUUAUUAGGCGCUUUUGCCAGAUUAGGACUUCAGAGAAGUGGCGGAAUAGCCGGUGUCGCCGUUGCACGUUCCCUUCAUACGACACACGUUCUCUGCGCCGAGCCUCUUAAAAAAAAGAAGAAAUUGGAUCCACAGGUCGUCAAACAACGAGAGGAUCGCAAGAAAAAAAAGAUCGAAAAGCAGAUUCGUCGGCUGGAAAAAAAUGCGAGGCAGCUGAAGCCUGUGGAGGAACUGGAAGUGCCACUGGAACUCAUCGAUGAGAAAGACAAACGCCAAAGGAAACUUACCCCACUGGGCAGCGCGGAGUUGGAGGAGCGUGCUCUUCUCAAGAAACAGUGGGCGCAUUACAAACACGACGAGCGUGUGGCCGACUUCCAAAUCAUUGACCGGCUGAUUCAGUCACAAAACAAGGCACUGGAGGAGCUCCGGCGAGAAUCUGAAGAGCUGUACCAGGCUGCCAUCGAAAUUGAUCCCCAAUUGCUUCCCGUUUCUGUCAAAGGACCCGUUGCCACUCCACCCAUUAAGAACUAUGCUAGUCCCGAUGGAGAUUACCUGCACCAAUCAAUGAAGUGGGAAGUUAAGUGAAGCGUCCCUAAGUCGAAAGAUUUAAAAUAAACAGAACCAGUAAUCAAAUGACUGUUCUUUGAAAUAUUUGAAUACGGCUGACAAUAAAUUAACUAUACAUCGA